AUACAUUCUUGAAAAAAUAGUUUGGUUUAUUUUUGUAUGUAAAAAAGAAUUUAAGAUGUGAAUGUGAAUUGUAUAGUUUUGUGGAUAUUAUUACCAACUGCGCUGUUCUGUACUGUUGGAUAAAAAACUACAUACAUUUGUAUUGGCUUCCAGCAAUGGUGAAGUGGCGACGUUCCGAUGUCGCGACGUCUGCCUUCUUCACAACGUCGCCUUCCGCCGUUAGAUAACAAUCCUUAUCAAGCUACAACAUCCGCAAUACCGCCAAAUUCUCACCCUCAAACGUCAGCACAUCAUCACGCCCAUCAUCAUUCAAGUCACUACAGCAACCAUCCUAACCAAUACCAAAAACAAUGGCGUAACAGUAUACGCAAUAGUUACCGAAAGUCACCCCAAACGACAACGAUAGAUAUCGGAUUUAGUGACGAUACAACCGACACACAAGGCUAUGAUUACUACUAUGAGAAGAACGGGUUUCAACAUAGCCCGUUACGAGAGUCCAGGAAUACCGACGUCACGUUUUCAGAUGACAGUGGUUCCACCAGAUUGCCAUAUUUCGAAUUUGAUGACGAGUCUAACAAAAGGUACUCAAGAACCACGACAUCGGAUAGAAGUUUUAAAAGACCAAAACCUUCGCCUGAUAGACGGCCCAAUCAGACUCUAAACCUGAAAGAUUUGCGAAAGGUGUAUCCUAAUCAAGAGCCCAACUGGGAUCAACUAUAUCAAGAAAUACCGACUCCAUGUGAUAAUAUACCUGUAAAUAAUUUUCCUAGGGGGAUACCUACUAGAUCAUCUGACAGACCGCAGAGCUCUAUGAGUUCAGGUGUCACAAGUGCAAUAGUUCACGGUUGUGGUGGAAGGUGUCAAACUUUUGAGAACGUUUGUUAUUUUUUCCUACAAUUAAUUUUUACCAUGGGCAUCUUGAUAGGAGUGUCACUGUAUAUAGCCGGUAUAGUGCUGAGGAAAUCUGCUGCUCGUAAUCUACAGGUUCUCAUGUACAUAGGAAUUCUUCUUAGUCUUGUAUGUGGACUGUUACUGGGCAUUCAGUACGAUGCUAGAAACACGGCUAGAAAGAGAAAAAGAGCUAUACAAAUGGCAAAAAGAGCUCCCAUUCCCAUGGAAAAUUUGCAUUUGAGGAGUAAUCCUUUACACCAACCAGUUCCGGGAUGGAAUGUUUCACUUAGCAGGAGCUCCCGAUUGCCACAAGUCCACUCCAUCGAAAAUCGGCCUUUACCUCUUCGACCUACGGAAAGGGAUUCUCCGACAAUUGAAGAACCGGGUAUUCCGUGGUGGAGACGAAAAGAUCUCGCAUCGAAUUAGCAUAGUUUAUUUGUAAAAUUUGUACAAAGAAUGUAUUUGUAACAUAAGACUGAUCGGAGCUUUUAAUAUUUAAUUCAUAAACUACAUAUAGACACAUCGUACCUUCGCUCAAACAGUGUCAUAAGUCAAAAAAGCAAAGUAUCUAGAAAUCGACGUUUAAAAUGUGUGCUAGAAUUUUUCCGGGUUUAAUUCAAAAACUGUUAAAAUUAGUGUAAUAACUAUUUUAGUCAGUUACAAAGGUUUUUGAAGCUCUAAAAAUAGUGUAUUAAUUCUGCUAAAAAUGUUUAAAAAUUAUAUUUUUUUUAGUUGUGACACUAUACAGAUAAAAUAACGAAAAAUUUUCGAAAUAUUAUUUAUUAAAUGUGGCUCUUGCAGUACCGAAUAUAAUAUCAUUAUUAUUAUCUGGUUAACUGGCUUAUACUUUUUAAUGAUGUAACUUUAAAUACAAUUAACAACAUUAAACAAAAAAUACUGCAAAAAGAAAGAUAAAUAAGUGAUAAAUGUGUCACUUUUCUUGAGCACAUACGCAGAUUGUUUUGAAUAAAGUAGUCACAUAUACUGUCUUAACUCGACAAACGACGCUUUAUAAAUAUCUUAGACGGACAAAUGCCUUGCACAAGUCGAUAUGUGACACUGCUUAUGUUCGGUGCACCGUUGAUUUUGGUUAAUCAUAUAAUGACUCUACUGUCAUCUAGCGACAAAUACAUGAACUAUAAACGUAACACUUUUUCAGAUAAGACUUUGUAGUUUUAUUAAACUGUUGGUGCAAUAAAACCUUAUUUAUUUAUUUUUUUAGUUGUGAUACUAUUUGAGCGCAGGUGUGACAUGAGUCUUGAUGAUAUUUUAUUUAGUAAAAUGUAAUAAUUUAGGAUUAAAAUAAUUUGAAGUGUUGAUUGAGUUAAAUAUUGAAAGUUUAAUGCCAAAUGUAAAAAGGUUUGUAGGAUUGUAAAUUAACACCUACCUCAGUGACAGUAACACUUAUGUGUCCAUAUGAGUUAUUACCGAAUUAUGAUAUUUCCGUAAUAUAUAAUACAACUUGACAUUGAUUCCACUACUAGUUUAGAGCACUUAAUAGCACUUAUAAUUUUUUCUUUGAUAAUGCAAUUCAUCUUUUAGCUAAAGGUUUAUUGACAAUGUGCCAUAAGUUCUCAAUUGGAUUUAGGUCUGGUGAAUUACUUUUACUUUAUUUGCCAGCAUAAGUCUUUUUCAUUGCUCCGUCAUAUAGUUUCAUGAAUAUAACAAUCCUUCUAUAGUAUUUUGAGAAUUCAUCAUGCCUUUAAUAGAAACUAAGCUUCCAGUGUCAGUUGUUGCGAAAAAAAUCCAAAACAUCUCUUCAGAAGGGUAUUUUAAAGUCUGUUGGAUAUUCAUGUCAAUUACAUAAUUCAAACAGUAUGGUCCCGUUAUAUUUGUUUUCUUAUCGUCCGUUUCAUAAUUACAAAAUUAUGUGGAGAAGGAUUCCAACUAAAACGUGAGUAGGUAAUUUGGCUAGCUCAUAUGGACAUGAAGAUAAACAUUCUCUAGUCUAGAUAAAAUGACUCACAAGUGCCACGAAGUUAAAGAAUCAUAUUUUGAUUAACGUCUUAAGGUACGUAUCCAUACGUACCUUAAUGAUCGAUUAAUUACGAUAUGUACCUUAACAUCUAGAUAAUAGUUAUAGACCAGGACGCAUCUGUAAAAAUAUUAGUACAUUGGGAUGUUGAGAGGUGACUCAUAUUUUUUGCAGAAAUUGCUUUAAAAUAACUCAUAUAAUAAUAUUUGAAUUAUCCUCCCACUCAAAAAGGUCCGGAACAUUGUUUAAAUAAUCAAAAUGUCAAAAAGUUAAGGAAAAAUUCGAUUUUUUUUCGUUUUUUGAUUAUAAGUUUAAAAGUGUCCAUUUUAGAGAAAAGUUGCACCGACAUAAAAGUUGCGUAAUUAAAUUUCCAACAAUAUAGGAUUAAUUGAAAAUUUUAUAAAUUGUCACCCUUGCUGCAAAAUAGCAAUAAAUUCGAAAAAACCAUAAAAAACAAGUAUUCGCAUUUUACGUUUUUCAACCAUGUAUGCUACACUUAGGACCUUCAUAUUUCACCCAGAAAAACUUUAUGAUAUGGUAAAACAAUACUGUAAAUUUCAUUAAGAUCGGUUUAAUAGAUUUUGCAAAAUAAAUUUUGCAAUCCAGCUUUCGCAAAAAAAAUUAAUAUUUUCAAAAUGUUGCAACUCUGAAAAUAAAGCAGACAGCAAGUUGAAUUUUUUUACGUAUAAAAGAAUACUCUACCUUUCGUUUGCAAUUUACAAAAUUAAAAUCGGUUAACUACCACUUCGUCAGGAAUUUGAUAAUAAAUUUUAAUUUUUAGUACAUUUCGAAAUAAAUAAAUAAAUUUGUUUAUUGCAAAAUAAAAACACAUACUCUGUCCUUUGAAAUAAUACUUUUUGUAGCCAAAACUUUCUUUGUUCAUAUAUUUUAAAUAAAUUGUAUUAUUUUUAAACACAUGCAAUUGUUUAAAUAAUUUUUCACAAACAAUAAUCAAAUUAGUUUGAUUUUUGUGGAAUUAAAAUAUGAACAUACAACAAAAUAUAGAGUAGGAAAAUAAUAUAUUAGAUAAAUAUUGGAAGCAAUUUUGGUGGAAAUCAACUUAUGUGAAUCGAACACCGCUGUCCUGCGCGUAGCACAAAAAAUUAAUGUUUGUUUAAAAAAAUUCCUGACGCCGUGGUAGUUAACCGAUUUUAAUUUUGCAAGUUGCAAAUGAAAGGUACUGUAUUCUUCUAUUUGAAAAAAAAAUUUAACUUGCUAUCUGCUUUAUUUUCAGUUCUGUAACAUUCUGAAAAAAUGAAUUUUUUUGCGAAAGCUGGAUUGCAAAAUUUAUUUUGCAAAAUCUAUUGAACCGAUCUUAACUAAAUUUACAGUAUUGUUUUAUCAUAUCAUAACGUUUUUGUGGGUGAAAUAUGAAGAUCCUAAGUUUAUCAGAAAUGGUUGAGAAACGUAAAAUGCGAAUACUUGUUUUGUUAUGUUUUUUUUAGCAAUUAUUGCUAUUUUGCAACAAAUUUAACAAUUUUAGAAAAUUUUAACUAAUCUUAUAUUGUAGGAAAUUUAAUUACGCAACUUUUAUUUUAGUGCAACUUUUCUCGGAGGUGAAUACUUUUAAAGUUAUAAUCAAAAAACGAAGAAAAAAUCGAAUUUUUCCUUCAUGUUUUGACAUUUUGAUUAUUUAAACAAUGUUCCGGACCUUUUUGAGUGGGAGGAUAACUCAAUUUCUGCAAAAAAAUUAGAGUCACCUCUCAACGUCCAUCUCAAAACAGAUCCGCCCUGGACUAUUAUAGUAUUGAUGUGUUCCUACUAAAUCCAUUAUACGUCAUUUAUUAACUGCUAAUUUUACGGUUUUCAUUUUCACAGCUAGCAUUGAUUUGGCUGAGUUGGGCAGUCAAAAUAGCAGAAAACAAGAAAUAAUGAAAAUAUCAGGUUAUUUAGUGUGACCUACAUAACAUAAUGUCUUUUGAAAUAGCGAAAGCUGAUAAAGGGAUCUCCUGGAGUUUUAUAUCCAAAUGUUGUAUUAAUUUGAUAACUUCAUGACGCAAUACUAAUCUCUCAAACUGAAGAUGAUUUAUAACGCAUGCUGCAGCAAUUUAAUGUAAUCGCUAGAAAAUUUAACAUGUAAUUUCCCCAAAAAGACCAAAUGCAUGGAUGUAACAGUAAAUCGAAUAAGAUGUAAAUUAGAGCUGGAGGGUCAGAUAAUAGAACAAGUCAUGGUGUUUAAAUAUCUAAGCAUCACACUAUCUAGCUACGGAAAGCUCAAAACAGAAGUGGAAGAUCAGGUGAAUAAAGCAAACUGAGCUGCAAGUUGCCUGAAUGAAACAAUAUGGAGAAAUAAAAAUAUCGGAAAAGAAGUGAAAGGCAGGAUUUACAAAACAGUCAUCAGAUCAAUAAUGAUAGACGCGGCAGAAACACGACCUGAUACAGAAAGGACAAGAAGAAUGCUAGAAACAGCAGAGAUGAAAACCCUUCGAUAAAUCGAUGGUAAGAUACUAUCCGUAAGAAUAGUUGAAUGGAACGACCACAUAAGCCGAUUGACAACAAAUAGACGAUCAGUGGGAAUUUAUUCUGAUAGGUUUCUAUUGGUCAGAAUCUCUAUGAAUGAAAGAAUCAAAAUAAUCACAAUUAAAUGUUUCGCUGUGUGGUCAAACGACCCAUGUAUUAACGCUUGUUGAUGUUUGAAUAGGUAGCGUAGUUACGGAAUUUCGAAGCAAUUCUUGAUUCUGUGGGGAAAUAAAAAGAUGAUUGAUGUGAUGGCGUAUAAUGGUUUUUGUAGGAAAAUGAUUAGUAAAGUCCCUACUAGAUUUUUUCUUACGUUUUCUUGUAAUUUUAUUAUUUACAGAGCUUAUACAAAAAAUCGCUAUCGUUUCAUCAUUUGUUGAAUCUGAUUUGUAGAAUUCGUCAGAAUACAUAAACUUUGAAAGUUUUCAAUUAUUUCAUGUCAUUUACACUCAAAAUUUGUGGUGAGUGGUGAUGCAGCUGCUGUUUUAAAAAUAUUAUUAUUGUCAAAGGCUGCAGCUAUCCAGGAAUGUUUUCAUGAUUUGAAAGAUCAUUGUGGACUUUUCAAUUCGCGAUCGUAUUUUCUCCUUGUGAAAGUUGACAUGGUGAUGUUUAAGUAAUAAAAGAAGAAAAUAAGAAUUACAGCACAAUAGCCACCAGCGCCAUCCUCAGAUUAUAUCACCUUUUGGUAGUUAGGUAUAAUCAGCCGUGUGAUGGAUGACCAAAGUUAUCGUUAACGUAAAGUUAUCCUGUAGUUAAGUUAUAAUCCUCUAAUUGGUGUGAUGUAUCACAUUUUACUUAACUACUUGUGUUAUUUCUUGACAGUUCUUGUGUUAUCUGAUAUAUGAACUGUCACUUUAUAAUGCGACGUUAAACCUCAAGUUAUGACUAGUUAUGAGAUAACUCUGUAGUUAUGUAAGGUUAGGUUCAUCUUUUGACUUGGUUUUAGACAAAAAUCAAGUGAAUUUAGAAGCUAAUAAUUUAAUAAUUAAGAAUAGAAGGGAAAUACAAUUUUAAAAAUUAAUGCAAAAAUCAAAUCGAGAGAUAUAAGUUAAAAUUUUAUUUUAAGUACCUACUGAGCUUUCUAUCCAGAGUUGCCAGAUUAUGAUAUUUUAUAAAUACUCCACUUAGAAACUGAAAUUUCCUCAAAUUGGAGCUCAAUAUCCCACAUUUAAAUUUUUGCCGCAUUUUAAUAAAUUAGAAGUCAAAUGAAGAGAACAGGAAACCAAAAGUAUACUACUUAUCAACGAGGGCCCUUGAAAUAAUUCAUAGUUCCUAUCGUCUUCGAUUAUAUGGGAGUAUAAUAUACAGUUCUAUGUACAUUCGCAAAUUUAAUUUACACCAUGACCCCUUAAAGCCCGCUAUAAUUUUCCGCCCCCAAAAAAUCCCACUACAAUUUCCGCUUAGAAAAAUUUCAAUACACGCUUUCAAAUUACCCCAAAAUUGUUAGAAAAUACACCAAUCUGGCAAUCCUGUUUCUAUCUACCGUUUGAAACACCACCGAACCCAAACAGCUGUUUGCUGUUCGGUCAUCGGCGGUGGCCGACGACGGGUAUUUACUUUUACGGUCAUCUACCCAUCCUGUAGCAUGUUCCGAACAAUCUCUUGCACUCACUCCAACUUGUACUAUUUCUACAUAAGGUUCUCUUUGUUACUUCAAACUUUGUUCCUCAAAUGAUAUUUCUAAUAUAACGUUGAAGAAAUAACUAUCUCAUAACGGUGACGGAUGCAUCACACCGAGUUUUACCUAAAUAGUUAUGGAAUCGUUAUUCCUGAUAGUUAUCUUAACUUUAACUCAAACGUUAAAGAUAACUUCGGUCAUCCAUCACACGACUGAAUAUCCCCAUUUUGGAGUUAUUGAUAUCAAAAUUGUGUUUUGAAAACACAUCAAAAACGACUACUCUGAAAGUUUUCUGCAGUGUAUCAUCAUUCUGUUUGCCUUUAAACCUUUGCCCAGCUCUGCUUUACUAAUUACAUUUCUCAAAAAAUUUCAGUCUUGUCUCCCAUUAGGUCUUUGGGUGGGACGUAUUCCGUCUAAGACCUUGCUACUCAACGAUUCCUUUAUCAUUUUGGUGUUGACCAUGUGAUAAGCAUUUUGACAUCAGUUGGUGCCACACCUUGACUUUUAAUAUACAUACAGUGCUAGCCAAAAGUCCCCUCCCCCCUCGUAAGUUUUGAACAAUUAUACUUUUAAUAUUGAAAUUUGGAGGGGGACCUAGGCUGCUCAAAUAGUCAUAUUUUUUUUUAUUUAAGCUGAUUUUGGUGAAUAAAUCAAAUAAAUACUAAAAUUGUAGUUUCGUAUUUAAUUAAUAAAAAUAUUCUAACAUCCGCCUCUGGCUAUUUGUCAAAAAAGUUAACGUUGACGUAAAAAUAACUAUACUGGUUUUUAAACAUAUAAAGUUAAAAUAACUGUUUUUAAACUAGGGGGAGUAAACUCAAAAGACAAAUUUACAUCCAAUAAUGUCACCAGAGUUGUUCUGAAGCUAUUUUCUUGUGGCAUUUUUAUAAUUACUAGUUUUGACGGGAAAUAGGUCACAAUUUUACUUAAAAAAUGAUUUUAUUAACGUUUCGACGUCCAAAUCGGAUGCCGUUGUCAAAAUACAAAAAAUAUUAAUGAAUUAAACAAAAAUGUCGCUUAGUAAAAAAUUCUUCUAAUAAUUUCUUUAAUCUGACUCAUUUAUAUCAUCCAUUCAGACAUAUAUUAUACAUUUUAAAGUAGAAGACUUUGAUAUUGCCAAUAUUUAUGAGUUGCGUUCCUGGGACGACUUUACUGAAAGAUAGUUCAUUCGAUUAUAUCAAAUCAACCCCAACUCAAGAAUAUCCGUCACAAAAAAAUCAUAACAUGUGAUCUGUCUUUAAAAAGACAAGCUGUCUUUAAAUUGCAAUUUUAUGUAAUCGAAUGAACUAUCUUUCAGUAAAGUCGUCCCAGGAAUGCAACUCAUAAAUAUUGGCAAUAUCAUUUUAAAGUCUUCUACUUUAAAAUGUAUAAUAUAUGUCUGAAUUGCCGAUAUAAAUGAGUCAGAUUAAAUAAAUUAUUAGAAGAAUUUUUUACUAAGCAACAACAUUUUUGUUUAAUUCAUUAAUAUUUUUUGUAUUUUGACAACGGCAUCCGAUUUGGACGUCGAAACGUUAAUAAAAUCAUUUUUUUAGUAAAAUUGUGGUUUAUUUCCCAUCAAAAUUAGUAAUUAUGUCACCAGAGAAUUAGCAAAUUCAUCUUCUUUUUUGGUUGAUCAUGUCGGCCUUCGACGGUAAUCCAUAAAUACUAUGUUAUACUAAUACGUCACUAGAGUUGUAAAGCCAACUGUUUUUUAUAUAUAUAUAUAUAUAACGCUAGAAAUCGCCGAUAUAACUUAAUCUAUAAAUUUGAAAUGCCAAUAGUGUCAAAAUUUCAUGAAUGUUAAUAGUGUCAAAAUUUCAUGAUUUAGUGGAGUAAACUCGCCUGCAGUUGGACCAAUUACAAACAAGCAUUACGGCGCGGUAAAUUUGAAUUAUUCGUUCUCGUUUAAAGGCGAGGUAUCGUGAAUUGAAAAACUUCAACUUUAGUCGAACGGACUUUUGGUUAGCACUGUAUAUAAAGAUAUAUUUGAAGGGCACACGGCUUAAACCAUGCAAGUCCAAAAAACAUGGUUUGUGUGAUUUAUAUUGUCUGUCGUAGGUCUCUGGUAUCUCUUUCUUUUGACUAAUCGUAACAGUGCUGCAAUGUUAAAACAAUGAAAGUCCACAAAAACACACUGUCAAAAAAGUUAGGUUAGAAUUUUUCUAUUCAUAGUAUUGUUUUGUCAAUUGCGAGUAUAGGGCUUUUCAUUCACAGUCGUUUGUUUCGAGCUUCUGUCAUGUGUCACAUAAUAUUAAUAUAUCUACGUCAUACGUUAUUGGUAUAUAUAGUAUUUUUACUACAAAAGCGAUAUUACGUAGGUCAUUGACGUAAGAGAACUGUCAAAACAUUAGAUUGUGACUUUUCAUUAUUGCCAUGUUUAUAAUAAACAUGACAAUAAUGAAAAGUCACAUUCUAAUGUUUUGACAGUUCUCUUACGUCAAAAAUUUUGACCUACGUAAUAUCGCUUUUGUAGUAAAAAUACUAUACCAAUGACACAAACCAAAGACGUAUGACGUAGCUAUAUUAAUAUUAUGUGACACAUGACAAGCUCGAAACAAAUGACAAUCGAUGAAAAGCCCUAUUACUGACGAUGUUCGUAAAUCUUGUUAUAAUAUAGAAAAUAUCACAUUAAACUAAAUAUUAUUAUGGAGUGCACAAAUACCAAAAAGCGGAAAUCCACUGGGCGAAUGAGGGACGUGGUGAAAAAGCUUAAAUUACAAGAACAUGAGACUGGGGAAAGUUGUGAAUACAAACGCUUCCAGUGUUUCAAAAAUACAUCCGACGCAGAGCGGCAAUCUAUUGUGACUGCGUUCAAUUUAUUGAAAACAAGGUAUGAACAAGACAGUUAUCUUUGUGGUCUCAUAACCACACUUGACAUACAACGUAGAAGACCGAGAAAACCGAAAGAAACUGCUACAUUAAGAACCACGGCUUACUGCCAUAAAAUACGAAUUGGAGGCGAUCAUGUAAGUGAAACACCAGUAUGCUAUAAAGCAUUUCUUUCCAUGCAUGACAUUUCUAGCCAGAGGCUACAAUAUUUGCAAAAUAGCUUAAAAACGGAUGGUACUAUUCCUAGAGACAAACGGGGAUGUCAUUCUAAAAGUAAUAAACUUUCAUCAGAAACCGUUUCCUUAAUGAAGCACCAAAUUGAGACUAUACAGAAGACAUCUGGGUGUAAAAGACAUUACAAUUUACAUGAGAGCCAGAGGAUAUAUCUCUCUGAUGAACUGAAUGUAAGAAAACUCUGGGAUCACUACAUUGAAAAAAAUCCAGACAAUAAAGUAUCAUAUGAAGCAUAUAGGAAAUACUUUAAUGAAAAUUUCAACAUUUCUUUUGGCUCUCCGAGGAUGGACACUUGCUCCUCUUGUGAUCAAUUUUUGGCAGAAAUUAAAUGUAUAAAUUCUCAACUAAGAACAUGUACAGGUGAAACUGUGAAAGAAGAAUUUAAUCAAGAGAGUAAAAAAUUGGAAGUAGAAAAUAAACUACAUAUAUUAAAGGCAGAGAAAUUUUAUGCAAUAAAAAAGAGUGCUAGAUUGUGUGCUCGCAAAGAUAAUACUGUAACUAGUAUAACUAUGGAUUUUCAAAAAAAUUUGUAUAUUGCAAACAUCACAACGAAUGAUGUUUAUUAUAAACGACAACUUGUCUAUGAUGAAACAACGGGUAAAAAAGGUGCCGAUGCUGUGGUUUCACAUUUACUUGACUUUGGGGUCUGUAUAUUCUGUGACUCAUGUGGGGGUCAGAAUAAAAAUUAUACAGUUUUUAGAUUUCUUCACUAUGUGGGCCAUGCCUGCCAUCGCUUUACAGAAAUUAUUGUUGUAUUUCCUAUCCGUGGCCACUCUUAUUUAGAGUGUGACCGCAAUAUGGUUUUCAUUAAUCAGAAAGCACGGAUUGAGUUACUUAGGGAGUGGGCACAGCACAUUAGAGAGUCUAGAAAGAAACCUAAACCAUUCAAUGUCAAGGAAUGUACUACAAAUUAUUUUAAAUCUUGGACUGAAUUUCUGACUCCUUUUUACAAAAAAAGUGCCCCUUUGGAAGCAGACCUUUAAGACAGUUGAAAAUUGAUGUUAAUCAUGGAAGGUUAAUCUUUUACAAAGAAAAUUACAGUGGCCCAUGGUUGUCAAGCACAAUUAACAGUCCUCAUCAACUGCGGUUGACAAAAAAAAACAAUAAUGAAUUUUCACUACCACAGCAGGCUUACACAGGCAAACUGCCUAUUCCUGAGCUGAAGUUCAAAGAUAUUCAGGCUUUGAAAAUAUUUUGUUCUCAAUCAGCCAAGGACUAUUAUGAUAGUUUACCUCAUGCCAACAAUGUCAGAGAUGAUGAUAACUAAUGUUACUGAUAAUGUUUACAGACCAAUGAAAAGCCUGGACUUUCAUUGAUUUUACAUAUGACACACCACCUUUGUUAGUGUUUUUUUAUUUUUUCAAUAAAAUACUUUUAACACAAAAUGUUAAACUUUUCAUUUUUAUGAAAAGAUUUUUUAUUAUACUAAGAUUUAUCUUGACCAAUUUUAUAGAUAUCAGUCCCUAAAUUUACAAUUUAAGUUUUCUCAUAAUAAUAUCAGAAGGACUUUCAUGGUUUAAGCCGUGUGCCCUUCGUAUGUAAUCGCUUUUGUUACCUUUUUAUUUUGAUAUAUGUUUGUGGUGUUUUAAAGUAUCAAAUCAAUAUUUUUGUAAAUAGUUUAAGAGUGUAACUCGUUAGUAUUUUUGUACCAGUGUAUUUUUACAAUUUUAGAGAACAGAGUGUUACUAUCUAUAUAUUUUGGUAAAUAGUAUACAUACAUUUGAAUGUAAUAUAAAUUAUUUUUAUUCUCGAA